UUUCACAACAGCAUCAUAUAAAGUUAAGUUCCAGUUCAGCAGGCUCACAUUCAUAGAGAUUGAGAAAUAGAUAUCGCAGGAAAUGGCUUCAUAUUCAUUACCAGAGGGAUUCAGUGACUUUGAUAUGUUUGCUUUCGGUUCUGCACUGCUGGUCGGAGGUCUUCUUGGGUUUUUUCUUAAUUUCAUAUCGAUCAUGGCGUUCCUCAGGGUCCGUGAAAUGAGGACACCCAGUAACUUUUUAAUAUUCAAUCUGGCUUUGGCUGAUCUGAGUCUCAACAUUAAUGGUCUGAUAGCUGCUUAUGCAAGUUAUCUAAGAUUCUGGCCAUUUGGAUCAGAGGGUUGCCAAGCUCAUGGUUUUCAGGGGAUGGCCUCAAUUCUGUCUGGCAUCAGUUUUCUCAGUGCUGUUGCCUGGGACAGAUACCAUCAGUACUGUACUAAGCAGAAAAUGUUCUGGAGCACAUCUAUGACCAUCAGCACUAUCAUCUGGAUUCUGGCCAUGUUUUGGGCUGCUCUACCGCUGCCUGCGAUUGGCUGGGGAGUGUUUGACUUUGAACCAAUGAAAACAUGUUGUACACUGGACUACAGUAAAGGAGACAGGAAUUAUAUUACCUACAUGCUGACCAUAACUGUGCUGUAUUUAGCGUUUCCUGUUCUCAUUUUGCACUCUUCCUACAGUGCCAUCUAUGCACAUUUCAAAAAGAUACACCACUUUAAGUUUAAUACAGGCUUACCUCUGAAGGUGCUUCUGUUCUGCUGGGGUCCGUACGUGCUCAUGUGCACAUACGCCUGCUUUGAGAAUGUUUCUCUCAUUUCACCAAAACUCAGAAUGGUCCUUCCUGUCUUGGCAAAAACAUCUCCAAUCUUCCAUGCUGUGCUGUACGCGUACGGCAAUGAGUUCUACAGAGGAGGAAUUUGGCAAUUUCUUACAGGGCAGAAAUCUGCAGACAAAAAGAAAUAAAAGUGCAUAGAUUCAGUUAUUUGUUUUGUCAUGUAAACCAUGUAUUCAGAUCAGUCUACACAAGUUUACACAGUGUUACUGUAAUUUCAGUUCUUUUGGAGACUGUAUUUGUCCAUACUUUUAGUUAGUUAUUCACACAGAGAACAGUGCCAUGCAAUGAUAAUGUGAGAGAUGAUUUUAAAAAAUAAACCUCUGCCUAACACAAACUUUACACAUUCAGAUUCAUUUAAGAAACUAAAAUCUAUCUGUUUGUAUUGCAUUCUCUUCAUAUUAUAUAUCUGUUAUUUUUAAGAAUCUAGUGAGUUUGCACUCAAAUCUUGGAACUAUUAAAUGAACUAGUAAAUUUGCACAAAGGGCUUUUGUUUGUUAAUCCACAGAAUGAACCGUUAGCCACAAGAUUUAUGAGAAAUUCUUUAGGGCUAAAUAGGGCACUUAUGCAAUAUUGAAGUGAAAGCAUUGAAAGCAACAUUGGAGAGUUGUUUUUAAACUUUUAUAUUUUUAAAAGGAGAUCAAGACUAAAGUGUUACUGAUAUGCUGUAUGUUCAACAAGUGUUAACUGGCAUGUUGACUCUAUGAAAUGUAGAGGGUCAUUGCAUUUGUAAGCAGGAUAGCUUGUCCUUCUUUAUAAAAUAUGAUUAAAUAUAGUAUUAAUUGGA